AUGGUCAAACGGGUUCUUGGAGAGCUGGAUGAGUCAACGGACGUGAGUUCUUGUGCACAGCUACUCGUGUUUGUGAGGUAUGUUUUCUUGUGUGACAUCAAGGAGGAAUAUCUGUUCUGUACACAGCUGGAGACCACCACAACAGCUGUAGAUGUGAUGGAAAAGCUGUCUUCUUUCUUCACAGCUAACAGGAUCAGCUGGGAAAAUUGUUGUGGAGUCUGUAUGGAUGGGGCUCCGGCGAUGCUGGGAUCAAAAUCGGGGUUCCAGAAGCGUGUCAAGGAAAACCUUUGUAGAGACAUGGAUUCAGAGCAUGAAGCCCUCCUCUUUUACUCCAAAGUGCGCUGGCUUUCCAAGGGCAAUGUUGUAAAUCGAGUGUUUGAACUUCGGGGAGAGCUUAAGUUGUUCCUGGAAGUGCAAGGGAAAGAUGAUCUAUUAAGUCACUUCAAUGAGCUCCAGAAUUGGCAAAGGAAAGUCAAUGCAGGAAAUGCUGCCAUGUUUGAGAACCUUUCAACUGUUCUUGAUAAGAAUGAAGAUCAUCUGCUUGACCCAUCACUCAAAACUGAAAUCACUCAGCACCUGAAAUCCUUGGAAAGUGAGCUCAAAAAGUAUUUCCCAGAAUUCGAGGAGGAAGAUGGGAAAUUGGUGAGGAAUCCUUUCUCUGGCACUCUUGAUAUUGCUGCCCUUCCCAAUGAUGUUCAGGACGAAUUUCUUGAUCUCAAGAAUGAUUCUGCUGCCAAAGAUCUCUAUGAAGAAAGAUCUCUGACUGUAUUCUGGUGCUCAAUGUAUCAGUCAUACCCAAAAGUUAGCGAGAUUGCACUUCGAGUCCUCUUGCCUUUUUCAACUACCUAUUUAUGA